AUGGAUAAAUACGUGACUGGGUUGAAAAGAAAAUUUAAAGAAGCAGAAGAAGAGGGUGGUGAAAAUAAUGGAAAUGUUUCUUCACAAAAUAGUAAAACUAAACAUAGAAAAUAUGAUCCAAUGUACUUAUCAUUGGGAUUUACGUAUAAGAUCAUUAAUGGUCAAGAACGACCAAUGUGUUUGCUGUGUAUGAAUACUUUGGCCUCAGAUAGCAUGAAACCAAGUAAAUUAAAACGACAUCUGGAAAAAGUGCACGCCGAUCAUGUUGGCAAAACAAAAGAAUUUUUCCAAAGAAAAUUAGAUAACUUAAAUAAACAGAAAGAAUCGUUUUCAAAAGCUUUGUCUGUAUCACAAAAAGCGUUACUUGCGUCAUACAAAGUUUCGUAUAGAAUUGCUAAAUGCAAAAAACCCCAUUCAAUAGGAGAAACUUUAGUACUACCAGCAGCUAUUGACAUAAUAGCUACGAUGUUUGGUGAAUCAUAUGCUGAUCAAAUUAAAAGCAUUCCGCUGGCAGAUAAUACGGUGGGAAGACGGAUAUCAGAUAUAUCUGAUGAUCUUUGCGAUCAGUUGAUAGAAAAAAUUAAAUUAUCUUCUUUCGCGUUGCAAGUAGAUGAGGCUACCGAUGUUGCUAAGGAUGCACACUUAAUAACAUAUAUAAGAUAUGUUAUGGAAAAUGAUAUUAGAGAAGAGUUGUUAUUCUGUAAGGCAAUUGAAGGCAAAGCUACAGCGAGUGAAAUUUUUAAUAUGAUUGAUAACUUUUUUAUUGAAAAUGGUAUUUUAUGGGAGAACUGUGUUGGACUGUGCACUGAUGGAGCUCCAUCUAUGGCAGGAAAAAAUGCUGGUCUGCAGGCCCUAGUUCGAAAAGUGGCUCCUCGUGCAGUUUGGACGCAUUGUAUGAUUCAUAGGCAAUCUCUUGUUGCAAGAAAUAUGGGUGAAGAAUUACUUGAAGUAUUUGAAAUUAUAAUAAAAGUUGUUAAUUUUAUCAAAAAUAGUCCAUUAAGAGAAAGGCUUUUUGGAAAAUUGUGUGAUGACAUGGGCUCAGAAUACAAAGCACUACUUUAUUAUUGUGAAGCAUGUUGGCUUUCUCGUGCUAAAGUACUUCAAAGGGUGUUUGAGCUCAAAAAAGAAAUUGCCAUUUUUCUUGCUGAUAAUAAAAGAGAUGAAGCAGACAUAUUUUAUGACACGAAGUUUCUCGCAAAAUUUGCGUAUCUAGUUGACAUCUUUAAAAGACUAAGUGAUUUAAAUAAAUCAAUGCAAGGAACUCAAAUUCAUGCUUUUGUUCAAAAGGACAAGAUUACGGCGUUUAUGAAAAAAAUAGAGCUGUGGAUAGCUAGUAUGAAAAGUAAUAACUUUGAUAUGUUUCCUUCUUUUAAAACUACAUGUGUUAAUGAUGAUGAAAUAGAAGCAAAGCAGGAAAUGAUAAUUGAUUUAUCUAGUGAUAGCACAUUGAAGCAGAUGUUUCAGGACGAAAAGAAUAUUGUUAAGUUUUGGUUACAAGUAAAGGACGAUUUUCCAACUUUGACAAAUAAAGCCUUAGAAAUUUUAUUACCAUUUGUGACAUCCUACUUAUGUGAAACUGGUUUUUCUGCAGUAGCAGUAUUAAAAACAAAGUACCGAUCUCGUUUAGUGAUAGAAAAGGAACUGAGAACAGCGAUUUCUACAAUGGAGCCGCGUGAAUUUGGUGAAACUGAAUUAAGUGUAAAUAAUCAAGUAAAUGAAGAAAUUAAUUAUAGUGCAUUUAUUAGUGGUAAUGAAAGUGACAAUGAGAACAGUUUUAGUGGCUGUAUUGAUGAUGACAAUCAGCGUAGAUACUUGGCAGAAAGUGAGGUUAUUGUUUCUAAUGAAACAGAUACUGAUAAUGUUUAUAGUAAUCAUGAAAGUAUUGCCGAGGAGAACGUAGUGGAAUCAGACACAAUAAGAAAAGAGCUUCGUCAAAAUUAUAUUAGUCAUCCGUUCAUAGCUUCCAUAUACUGCGAUGAUUCAAAACCUGCAAACGUAAAAGAAUAUAUUUCCGAAGUAGCCGACUCGCAAGCAAGGUCAUACAUUAAAUGCUGCAAAGCAGCAGAUGUUAUACAAAAAAAAUUCGGUGACUCGGACCAAACAAAAAAAUUAAGAUCUAGCGUUUGGUCGUUUCUGGCAAAUUUUGCAGACAGAGGUGGCAGUAAGCGUAAACAAGCGUAA